GUAAACUUCUUCUACGGUAUAAACUGAUAUUAUAUUCUACUUUACUCUUUCAAAUAGUUUUGUUCUGUAGCAGAAGUUAAUGGCUUUUUGGGGAAUUGAAUUAGUGCCAGAAAAACCUUACACCCUUGUCUAUGAUAAAUCGCGAGGAAGAUGACGCAUUUCUAAGGCAACAUUAGGUAUUGAUGAUCAUUCAGAAGAGAGGAGUGUUGUUAAAUGUAAAGUAGGAGAUAAAUACCCAAUACUUUUGUGCUCGCUGCGGCCUCGUGUUAAAGAUUCGUGUUCGAUUGAUGUUGAAUUUAUUGAGAAUGAGGAUGUUGUUUUUGAAGUUAUUGGUCCUGCCACGACCAGUGUGCAUCUUGUUGGCUUUUAUGUUGGCAAUAGUCAUUAUGGGGACAAUGGAGAAAGAUGCAUAAUUGGGACUUGGGAGGUGGAACCCCAUAAGUACUAAGUACUUGGUAAUUCCUCUCACUUAAGAAUUAUGUGGCCUCGGAAACAAGUCACCUCUUGACCCCCCCUAAGACUUUGAUAUCUCAGCACAAAUUCAUAUCAGGAGAUAUUUAGGGGACUCAACUACGGUAGAAUUGUUGUUUCGCAAAAAGAAAAUGUCAUUACCAUUUGAUUGUUUAAUUUUGUUUCUCGUUGCUAAUUAUGUAUCGCUGAAAAGUGAUCAUUGUGAGUUAAACAAUAUGAAAAAGACUGUAGACAAUGGAGCUGCAGUUAAUGGACGUGUACGAAAAUUUUCUAAUGGUUUGGUUAUUGAAGACUUGGUAAUGAAUCCAGAACGUGUCAGCAUACUGGCUACUCCUGGAUCUACGGUGUUGAUAUCUUAUGUUGGACAAUUGAAGUCCAAUGGCUUAGUUUUUGAUUCAAGUUUCUCCAAACCACCAUUUUUGUUCAAAUUAGGGGCAGGAGAAGUUAUCAAGGGUUGGGAUAUUGGGAUAAAUGGUAUGCGCAUUGGGGACAAAAGAAGGCUCACAAUUCCACCAUCUUUGGCGUAUGGGUCUAAAGGACGUGAAAAUGUACCACUCGGAGUUUAUAUUUGAGAUUGAGAUGCUUAAAAUUCUACGGUAAUGCUAGAUUGGUUUAAGGCCUACUGUUUACUGUGCAAGUAAUAUAACUAUUACGGAAGUUAUUUUGGUUAACUGUGUCCUGGCCCCUGGGCUUGAAUUUGAAGUAGCAACAUUGUUAAUACUUGUUUGCAAAUAACAGCUUGUGCAAUCUUUGCUGCAGUUUGAUAGAAACCGUAUUUAGUUUUGCGA